AUGUCUUUCACUCCUUUCGGAGGGGAUGGAUGCAAGUCGGGCAUUGCGGACUACCGGUUCCCACCGUUACCAGAGUGCUGCGUGAACAGUGAGCGAAGAUGUGCCAGCAAACCGUUCUUCUAUCAAAAACCGCUCAUUCGACGUCGGGAAUACGAUUAUCAGCUCACCUAUGACAACUGGCAAGCAUACAUGCCACCGGAAGCAGAAGAUCGUGUACUGCCCGCAAUGGCCUUUUGGUUUUAUUGCGAUCACAUCCCAGAUCUGCCUGGACACAAAAAGACAUCAGUAGUCCCUGCACAAGAUACUGCACGACCUACUGACCCGUGGCCUCCUCUGCCUCAAGGUCGGUGUCCGCCGCCAAGAGAGUGCAAUCCUUGCGGACCAGGACCGUGGGCCAAUCCGGAGCUAAGGAGGUUCUUUUACAUGGACUGUCAGUGA